CCAAUUCAUUGACUGCUGCAUUUCCAGUAGAAAAUCAAAAGAAGAGAUCAAAACCAAAAUGGGUUCUGCUGUGGUAAACAUUCCAGAUGAUGUAGAGCAAGCAGCAGUAGUUUCCACAAAAGAGAGAAAGAAAUCCAUUAUGCCUUCUUUUUUACCCAUCAUUUCUUUUCUCAGAGAAAAGAAAAACAAAGAUGACAUGAGAAAAUGGAUUCACAGUAUCAAAGUUGGAGUUGCUCUUAUCUUAGUUUCUCUUCUUUACUUUCUUGAUCCUCUCUACAAGGAAGUUGGAGAUGAUAAUGCCAUGUGGGCUAUAAUGACUGUUGUUGUCAUCUUCGAGUUUUACGCAGGUGCUACACUUGGCAAGGGCUUAAACCGUGGAAUGGGAACCAUAUUAGGUGGUGGAUUAGGGUGUUUAACUGCAAAUUUAGCUCAACAUGUUGGUGGGACUAGCAGUUCCAUUAUUAUUGGAACUGCUAUGUUAAUUUUCGGUGGAGCAGCAACAUACUGUAGAUUGACACCGCGCAUUAAAGCAAGAUAUGACUAUGGAGCAAUGAUAUUUAUCCUGACAUUUAGUUUAGUGGCAGUGUCUGGUCGACGUUUUAUGGUCAUUGAAAUAGCACGUGAAAGGCUUCUGAUGAUAGUUUUGGGUUUCGUCAUCUGCAUUUUCACAAGCUUAUUUAUCUUUCCUAUAUGGGCUAGUGAUGAGCUUCAUGAUUCUACUGUCUCCAAAUUCCAAGCCCUUGCCACUUCUAUUGAAGGUUGCUUGGAGGAUUAUUUCAGAUUUGAUAGUGAAAAAGAAAGGCAACCGGUCAACUUCAGCAAAUGCAAAUCAUUGCUCAACUCCAAGUCCAAGGAUGAAUCUUUGGCAAAUUUUGCAAGAUGGGAACCAUGGCAUGGUAAAUUUGGGGUCUCUCAUCCAUGGGACAAAUACCUAACAAUAGGAGAGCUUCUUAGGGAUUUGGCUGUCAACAUCAUUUCAAUCAAAGCCUGCCUUGAAUCCCUUAGAGAGCCUUCGCAAAGUUUGAGACAAUCAAUGAAAGAACCAAGUGAAGCAGUAGGGACAGCAAUAGCAUGGACAUUGAAGGAGCUAGGAGACAGCAUCAAGAAAAUGAGAAAAUGCCAGGCAGAGAUACUCAUAGUUCCAAAAUUGAAAGAAGCUAGAGUAGAGUUACGUGAGAUCAUAACUCCUCCGAAGCUAGCACAACUAGAGAAUGGCGAUGGACUUGCAGUAGCAAGCUUUCUAUUCUUGUUGAUGGAAAUGGCAGAGAAGAUAGAAAAAUUGGUUAAGGAAGUGGAACAACUUGGAGAGCUUGCUUAUUUUUAUUAAAGCUAGCUAAUUUUAUUCAAGAAUUACCAAAAUAACCAUUUGCCAACUUUUGGCUUGGGCAUUAUGAGUAUUUAUGUGUGUGUCUACAUAUAUAUAUAUCAGCUUCAGAAAGAAAAAUUAUUAAAAAAUAAAUAUUAGUGUGUGAGGGAGAAAAUCUUAAUAAUUAAGAGUAUUAAUGGUUAA